CGCCGGCUGCCACUCAGCCUUCUCCUCCCACCUCCUCCCUCCUCUCGGCUGUAAUCUCUCUGAAUUCUCCAGAUUCGGGCUCCAGUUCUGGCCUAGGGUUCGAGAACCCUGGGGCCCGGCCCGUGGUCUCCGCUCCUGAGUCUCCACUCUCCAUUUCCCAGUCCAAAGCCCCUCCCCUCGCCUCGCCUGCCCUCGGGACCAGCGGGACUGACCCGCUCCUCCCCAGCCGCCGCCGCCGCCGCCGCCACCGCCCGAGCCCCAAUGGGGGAGUGAGAGGCCCCAGCUGGCCGGACAUGGGCCUCCCCACCGUGCCUGGCCUGCUGCUGCCACUGGUGCUCCUGGCUGUGUUGGAAAUACACCCCUUAGAGGUUGCUGGACUGGUCCCUCACCUUGGGGACUGGGAGAAGGGAGAGACUGUGUGUCCCCAGGGAAAAUACAACCACUCUCAAAAUAAGUCCAUCUGCUGCACCAAGUGCCACAAAGGAACCUACUUGUACAAUGACUGUCCUGGCCCAGGCCUGGACUCGGACUGCAGGAAGUGUGAAAACGGCACAUUUACUGCCUCGGAGAACCACCUCACCCAGUGCCUCAGCUGCUCCAAAUGCCGGAAGGAGAGGAAUCAGGUGGAGAUUUCUUCUUGCACAGUGGACCAUGACACCGUGUGUGGCUGCAGGAAGAACCAGUACCGGCGUUACUGGGCCAAAACCCAGUUCCAGUGCUCCAACUGCAGCCUUUGCCUCAACGGCACCGUGAUCAUCCCCUGCCAGGAGAGUCAGGACACCGUGUGUGCCUGCCAUGCAGGCUUCUUCCAAAGAGAAAACCAGUGCGUCCCCUGUAGUAAUUGUAAGGAGAACCCAGCGUGCAUGAAGCUGUGCCUGCCCCCGACCGGGACCGUCCAGGGCUCUCAGGACUCGGGCGCCACAGUGCUGCUGCCCCUGGUGAUCUUCUUUGGUCUGUGCCUGCUCUCCCUGCUCUUCACUGUUUUAAUGUGCCACUACCAGCGGCGGUGGAAGCCCAAGUUCUACUCCAUUGUUUGUGGGAAAGCGACACCUGUCAAAGAGGGGGAGCUUGACGGUCUUCCUGCCAAACCCCUCGCCCCUGCCCCAGGAGUCAGCCCGCCUCCAGGCUUCAGCCCCAUCCCCGGCUUCAGCCCCGACCCGGGCAUCUGUACCAACUCCACCUCCACCUUUCCGCGUGAGGACUGGCCCAGCCUCAGGGCUAUGCCGCCCUCCAGAGGGGUGGCCCUGGCCUACCGGGAGGCUGAGCCCGUCCACACCACGGCCCUGGCCUCCACACCCAUCCUCACCCCGCUUCAGAAGUGGGAGGGCUGCAGCGCCCGCGCUGCAGCGGCCCCGCCGCAGCACCCCGACACCGACCCCGUGACGCUGUAUGCCGUGGUGGAUGGCGUGCCCCCAUCUCGCUGGCGGGAGUUCGUGCGGCGCCUGGGGCUCCGCGAGCACGAGAUAGAGCGGCUGGAGCUGCAGAACGGGCGCUGCCUGCGCGAGGCCCAGUACAGCAUGCUGGCGGCCUGGCGGCAGCGCACGCCACGCCACGAAGCCACGCUGGACCUGCUGGGCAGCGUGCUCCGCGACAUGGACCUGCUCGGCUGCCUGGAGGACAUCGAGGCGGUGCUGGGCGGCCCCGCCUCCCAGCCCUCGGAGGCCCGCCUUCCGCGGUGAGGCCACGCCCCUCUGGGCGGCGCCCCCGCCCUAUGAGGCCACGCCCCUCUCCGGGAGACGCCGAUGGACACUGGGUGCCCCGCCCUGUGAGGCCACGCCUCGGCUGCCUGGAGGACGUCGAGGAGGCGCGGCGUGGCCCCGCCUCCCUCCUGUCGCUCCACCUUACCUGAUGGAGCCACGCCCCCGGCUGCCUGGAGGACGUCUGGGAGGCGAGGCGUGGCCCCGCCUUCCCCGUCGCUCCGCCUCACCUGGUGGAGCCACGCCCCCGGCUGCCUGGAGGACGUCGGAAGCGCUGUGUCCCUUCCUCCUCGUCCCCGCCUCGGAGGAGGGGCCUACCCUGGGAGAUGCCCUCUGGGCCUUCUGGAGCGGAUCCUGGGGGCCGGCGUGAACUAGCAGCCACUUGGUGCUACCCGUUCCGUGUGCACACACACACAGCGUUUCAGACUCAACUGCCGGAGCACCGCCCAGCCGUGCCCGCUUGAGCGCUCCCGAGGCUGAGCGUGCCCGGGGCCCGAGUGGGUGGUUGCGGACUAUGGGACGUGGAGGGCCCAGCAGAGCUGCUCCAGCCCCUGGUAGGUCCGCAGACCUCUCUCGCAGCAGAUAAGCAUGUUUAUAUCAGUUGUGUCACACUAAUAGAACCCUGGCGCCCCUCUGCCCCCUGCCCGGACGUGUCCUGGGGCAGGGGCCAAGGGCAGAACAGUGAGCCCUCCAGCCGGAGCGGCAGGCUUUUGUAGAUUCACUAAAACCCAGAAAUUAAAGCUCCACUCCCA